AUUCUAGAUAACGCAAGUACUCUACUUUUAGAUGCUGGGACUAUUCUAGAUAACGAAUAUACUCUACUGAACGAUGCUGAGAAUAUUCUAGAUAGCGAAUAUACUCUACUGAAAGAUGCUGAGACCAUUCUAGAUAGCGAAUAUACUCUACUGAAAGAUGCUGAGACUAUUCUAGAUAACUGA